CUUUACUUUUAUACCUCCACUUACCAAGAUUCCUCCUUGUCUGCUUCAUACUUGGACAGUCCGCACCUGAAACCAACGCUUCUCAGCUUAACCGCCACCACCUCCUGUUCUUUCUCUUCCUACUCGUGCGGGUCACCCGCUGGAACCGGUCUCACCCAGAUUGAAUCGACCUAGAGAGUGAGUGCGUGCGUGAGAGGUUGAUUGGGACGGUGACGAUACGUCACGAUACCCCCCGAUGACCAAUCCGGAGUCUAGUCGUCACCACCGGUCCAGAGCUCGGCCGUCGACGGCACGGACGCCGACUCGGCCCAGGGUCCCGCUCAGGCAGUUGCUUCGAGUGGCUUCUGUCGCCGGUGGCAUUCAAUUUGGCUGGGCUCUGCAGCUCUCUCUUCUCACGCCUUAUGUACAGCAGCUCGGUAUUUCUCACGCUUGGUCCAGUAUCAUAUGGCUCUGUGGCCCACUCUCUGGUCUCUUUGUUCAGCCUCUGGUUGGGCUCAUGAGUGAUCGCUGCAAUAGCCGGUUUGGCCGCCGGAGACCGUUUAUCUUGGUUGGAACAUUGUCGAUCAUUGCCUCGGUUCUGAUAAUUGGUUACGCCGCUGACAUUGGUUGGUUGUUCGGUGACACGGAGAAUUCAAGGCCCCGAGCUGUGGCCUUUUUUGUGUUUGGCUUUUGGAUUCUGGACAUGGCCAACAACAUGACUCAAGGUCCUUGUAGAGCUUUGCUUGCUGAUCUCACUGGCAAGGAUCACCGAAGGACACGUGUGGCAAAUGCUUAUUACUCUCUGUUUAUGGCUAUUGGUAACAUUCUUGGCUAUGCUACUGGAUCAUACAACGGCUGGUUCAGAAUUUUCUCUUUUACCUAUACUCCUGCAUGCAAUGCCAGUUGUGCAAAUCUCAAGUCUGCUUUCCUUUUGGACAUUGUUUUCAUUGCUGUCACCACAUAUAUCAGCAUUACUGCUGCUCAUGAGGUGCCUUUAAGUUCAAAUGGUGUACCUCAUGCUGAAGAAGCAGAAGGAGAAUCAGGUAGCGCAGGAGAAGCUUUCAUGUGGGAGCUAUUUGGGACAUUAAGAUAUUUCACGUCCCCUAUAUGGAUAAUUUUGUCUGUUACUGCUUUGACUUGGAUUGGAUGGUUUCCAUUUAUCCUCUUUGAUACUGAUUGGAUGGGCCGCGAGAUAUAUGGGGGUGAUCCAAAUGAAGGCGCCAAGUAUGAUGCUGGAGUUAGAAUGGGAGCCCUUGGUUUAUUGCUGAAUUCAGUUGUUCUUGGAAUAACAUCAUUGCUCAUGGAGAGGCUUUGCAGGAAGCGAGGGGCUGGCUUUGUAUGGGGAAUUUCAAACAUCCUAAUGACUAUCUGCUUUAUAGGAAUGCUUGUGGUGACCUAUGUAGCAAAGAACAUGGGCUACCUGGGCAAAGAUCUACCACCGAUUGGAAUUGUGAUUGUGUCAUUGAUAAUUUUUACAAUUCUUGGGUUUCCUCUGUCGAUCACUUACAGUGUUCCAUAUGCAUUAAUUUCCUCACACAUUGAGUCUUUGGGACUUGGCCAAGGGUUAUCAAUGGGUGUCCUAAAUUUGGCAAUAGUGAUCCCGCAGAUGGUGGUGUCCCUUGGAAGUGGACCAUGGGAUCAGCUAUUUGGUGGAGGGAACGCCCCAGCCUUUGCUGUGGCAGCUAUUGCAUCUCUUGUUAGUGGACUCAUUGCAGUCUUGGCUAUUCCUCGAUCUGGCGGUCAAAAGCUCAGAACCCACACAUGAGAGAGAAUUGUCUGGCGGUUUAUACUAUGAGGGACCCUUCGCAGGUUUUAGGAAAGGAUGGAUACUCUGCCCGUCAAGGGAACAGCAUAAAACAAGCAAUUCAUAUAGCAUUUCUUUUCCUAACAUCCUGGGAACUCAAAUCUAAUGAUAAAUGCUGUCACCAAAUAUUGAAUGAGUAGAGAUUAUCUGCAGUUGGUGGAGAAUUUCACUGCAAAUCAGUCCCUCUUUAGGAAGAUGUUGCUUUAUGGCUAUGUGCCGUGGGAAGUAGUUGAAGCAUUUUCUAUAGGUUCCAAAUUCACUAUGGGGCAUCAUUUCCAACAAACUUGAGUUGCUGCUGUUUGGAAAUUAUUCCUUGUGAAAAUUCUUUAAUUCUGAGGCAUUGUUCAUCAUUUGGUGGUGGUGGUCCUACCACAACGAAUUGGAAUCCAAUACAUAUUGAUAUUAUUAAUAUAUAUGUGCAGGCUACUGUGCUGAGUAUGCCUAGAAGUAGUAAACAGUGAAUAUGCGAA